GUCAUACCUUCUGCGCAACUUGAUAGAUCCGGAAUUUAUUGAAAAUAGUAGACAUUGAUGUCGUGAGGGGAAAAAAUGGCUCCGGGAGGAGGUGAUUGUUGAGAAAUCGGCACAUAUCCGAUAUGUGACACAAGAGUCUCGAUGCUGGCAAUAUUGCGAUAUUCCUUCGCAAAAGUGUCUGAGGAAGAUUGAAUUGAAAAUACCGGAGAGACAUUUUGUGUUCGUGAAACGCGAGAUAAAGUGAUACAUUGAAUUGAGUCGACGUCUAGCGCGGCCCGGUGACGUUGAAUAUGUUGUGUUUUAAUGAUUUAAGGAUGGAAUGAGUUUAAUAAUGAGGGGACAGUCGUUUGUGAGAUGACUGGGUCACUCGGGGGUGAAAUCACUAAGUCUAGGGGAAUCACUGCGUUGAUUAAGACGAGAAUCACUAGAUUUUUAGGGGAAUAACGGGGCUUCAUUGUGAUAUCACUAGAAAUGUAGUGGGUUAGGGGAUUUCGGUGUGAAAUGAGUAGAAAUCGAGGGGAAUCACGGGAUUUAAUUAUGAAAUCACUAGGAAUCUGGGGAGUUAUGGGAUUUCGGGGUGAAAUCACUAGAAAUUGAGGGGAAUCCCGGGAUUUAAUUGUAAAAUCACUAGAAAUCUAGUGAAUUAUUAGAUUUCGUUGCGAAAUCACUAGAAAUCUAUCAAAUUCGCAGGAUUUCGUUAUGAAAUCACUAGAAAUCGAGGGGAAACACGGGAUUCAACUAUAAAAGCACUAGAAGUCUAGUGAAUUAUGAGAUUUCCUUGUAAAAUCACCAGAAAUCUAGCAAAUUCGCAGGAUUUCGUUGUAAAAUCACGAGAAAUCGAGGGGAAACACGGGAUUUAAUUAUAAAAUCGCUAGAAAUCUAGUGAAUUAUGAGAUUUCAUUGCGAAAUCACUAGGAAUCUGGCAAAUUCGCGAUAUUUUCUUAUGAAAUCACCAGAAAUCUUUGAGAAAAUACCUUGAAGGUUAUCGAUAACAAAUAAUUUAUGAAUUUUCGAUUUUUAGUUCCCACAAAAAUUAAACAAUUAAUCAUUUAAAAUAUUGUGGAUAUACAAUAAAUAAUAUUUAACCCAACAAUUUAUUUCAAUUAAAAGACGCAAUAGAUUUAAAUCUCUAAAUAAAAAAAUGAGAAUAUUCAAGAAAAUAUUUUCAACGUUAUCGACAAUAAACAAUCGAUAACGUUCGAUAAUAAACAAUUUGUCGGUUUUGGGUUUUUAGUUCUCACAAAAAAGAAACAAUUGAUCUUUUAAACUAUUGUGGAUGAACAAUAAAUUGUAGUUAAUUUUAAUAACAUGAAAAUCAACUAUUUUUUAAAAUUUGAAGACGAAUUAGGGCACGAUGAGGUACAGGAAAUUUCACAAAAUUUUUUAUUUCAUUGACGACUUUCUAUGGAUCGAAAUUACUGAUUAUUAUUGGGGUACGGUCGCUGCAUACGUGAUAGUGAGGCGAUACGGAAUUUUCAUAGUAACGCGCUUUCGCCUUGAGAAUAAAUUGUCCAGGUCUUAUCAAGCGAUGACGAGACAAAAGUCUCGUCGCGAGUGGGGGAAAAGAAUUUUUAGUUUCAGGAAAAAAUGGUCCUGAUCGACAUCCGCUUAUUGUCAUCGAUUAUUAUUAUUUUUAUUGGUGGAAUGUGUUGAUGUUGUGGUGUCGAGAUCGAAGCGGAUGUUGGAAGCGACGUGGGAACAGUAAAAUUCUUGGUUGUACCUCUUCUGCGCUCGUUGUCACAGGCCCGAUGACACCCCAUCCUGGGAGCCACCGGGUUGGCGACGCGCCUGUCCCCGUCCGUUUUGCCCCACAUACAGAAAAUUCGCCCGGAUACUCUGCCUCCUUCUCCUCGGUGUAAUGCUCUGGGGUAUAACGUAUUCAAUAGUGGGUGCGGAUGCAGCACCAGGUGGUCCACUAUUUAGUUUAGCGUGUUUAGCAAUAACAGCACAUUUUGCCGGAUGGAUUUUCUCGCUGACGACACUGCCAGCGCUCAUUGGUAUGCUCUUCACUGGUAUAAUAAUGCAGAAUGUGGGACUGGUCGACAUCGAGGGAUAUGCGCAUGUUAUCGCUAAUCUUCGGAAGAUCGCCCUAGUGAUUAUCCUCACCCGAGCGGGACUGGACCUGGACCCGAAUGCCGUCAGACGACAGAAGAUUACGAUGCCGAAAAUUGGACUGGUCCCGUGGCUCGUCGAGGCCGUCAUCGUGACGGUGAUGAGCAAGUACCUCCUGGACUUACCCUGGAUCUGGAGUGUCCUGAUCGGGAGCGUCGUGGCCGCUGUAUCACCGGCUGUCAUCGUGCCCUGUCUCUUCAGACUCCGGAGUAAAGGGUACGGAGUGGCGAAGGGGAUUCCCACAUUGAUUAUCGGAAUAUCUGGUAUCGACGAUGCUGCCUCGGUCGCUGGCUUUGGUAUUUUGAAGAGUGUUCUAUUCUCCAAUGACGCGCUGUGGUAUCAAAUACUACAGGGACCGUUGGCUAUUGUUGGGGGACUUGGGUUUGGUGCCCUCUGGGGAUGUUUGGCGAAAUAUGUUCCUGAGAAAGGAGAUCCGUUCAUGGUACCUCUUCGGGUGCUAAUGCUCCUCGGCGGAGGUCUCCUCGCAGUAUUCGGUAGCGAGGCCAUCGAACUCGGUGGAGCCGGACCAUUGGCCGUUGUGGCAGGUGCCUUCGUCAGCUGCUACUUCUGGCAACAGGAGGGAUGGGAAAUUGAUGAUAAUCCCGUGACGAUAUCCUUCGAGAUCUUCUGGAUGAUCUUCGAGCCGAUUUUGUUCAGCGUCACUGGAACCCAAAUAAAAAUCAACGAAUUAGACGGCUCCACCGUCUACCUCUGCAUCGCCUGUCUCGUCGCUGGAAUAGUUCUCCGUAUUUUUGCGACAAUUUUAGUCGGCGUUGGUUCACGAUUGAAUCUGAAGGAAAAAGUAUUCAUCGCCCUAGCGUGCAUGGCCAAGGCCACUGUCCAGGCAGCACUGGGUCCUGUCACCCUCGAUCAAAUAGACCGAAAUGAUCCGGAGGCGGUGCGAUAUGCUGAGACAACCCUGACACUCUGCGUCCUAUCGAUUAUUCUAACAGCUCCAACUGGAGCUAUAAUUAUCUCACUGACUGGGCCAAGAUUGCUCACGAAAACAACUGCCCUCGUUGUGCCCCAGGAGGGCUGGAGAUCCCGGAAGCAUUCCAUAAGAGACAUUUCCAUUAUCAACGAGGAUCCAGAUCUCGAGGAGAGCGCUGAUAGCAAGCCCUGACUCCUCGGCCAGAUGAUUAUCUCAUUUCUAUUGGACGAUAUUUGUGAAUCAUUGCUCUUUCGUUUUGGCAUUGAGCAGCCAAACUGUACAUAUUGACGUUUACAUCGGGAUAAUAACGAAUUGUAUUGAUUACGAAUUAAUUUUUUUUUUCAAUCUGUGGAAUAGUACCGCAGUAUUUGACGUCUAGUUGGAGAUUUAGGUGCAAUAAAGCUGUUGUUUUUAUCCAAUUGUUGUUUUUGAGAUGAUUUAUUCGCUUGAACGCAGGUUCAAGCGAAUAAAUCAUCUCAAAAACGUCUGUUAAAUGUCUGUUAACGGAUUUUGUAUUACAGAUUGUUCGCUGAGUGACACAACUUCAAUAAUUGGAACACAGAUCACUUAUUCACUGAAUUUUUAUUCUAAGAUUUUUAUUACACUGAAUUGAAAUAUAUGAAAAUGAACUUAAGGUUGGACAUGAACCGCGGAGAAUAUUAUAAUCGACCUGUUCUCCAUGAACUUGGAUACGAGACUAAAAACUACCUUGAAAAAUUGGAAAAUAUUUCCGGCAAAUUCAAGAAAAGGAGAGGGAGGUUGAGGAUUAAACUGCAGGUGAUUUAUGAUGGCCGAUGGAAACUAUUUCCAGGGAAAAUAUUCUGAUGGGGGCAAGAAACUUUAUGAGAGGGACGGAAAUGUAUUUGGCUAUGAUUUUAUGAUGGGAAAAUCCCAAUGGGAAUCCCCAGAUAUAUUAACACCCACAACUAACAUUCCGCGACGGAACACAGAUCGUUGGGUUCUGAAGAUCGAUCUCCGAGGCCGUAUCGUCUAUAUAGCAGACGACACAUUCGAGCUGAUAAUUAAAUUGACUCAAAACAAUUAACGACUUGUGGGUGGGGUAGUUGUCGUGAUGAUCGGCUCAACGAAAAAAUAGUCUUCAAGUUUGACCCUUUCUUACGGUUGCAAAUCGCAGGUGUACUCCUGGGUGCGGCAACACGUCUCCUGUACUGCUAUUCGCGAAAAGUAAUUCGAAAGCAACGAUGUUCUUGUUUAGGUGAAAGGAACAAAUAAUCGUAAUCACACUAAUUGAUGUUCACAAAUAAUUUUAAAAUCUUUAAUCUAAACAACUGUUGUAUUUGAUGUACCUGACAAAAUGAUUAUAAUUAGGAUAUUGGAAGAUCGAGAUCAGGACUAAAGACUGUCUCGACUAAUCUCUUCGGACGUCUUCACAUUCAAAUAUAGUCUCCCCACCACAAUUCCAACAUAAGAAUUUUUUUUUAAUUUCUUUUCGUCGGGAGGAGACAUCUCACUGUCCUGAAAUGUCAAAAUUCUUCAAUUUCGUGAUAGAAGUGUGUCCCGUCGCGGAAUUAUUCAUCGUGUUGGGGUAAUUUCAAAUUCAAAAAAAUAGAAAAACCCAGCGAUUCUUUCUAAAAUUCAACCUAGAAUUGGUUUUACUUUUUUUUUGUUUCUUUAAUUUUCUCACAUACAAAUCUUCAAAUUUUAAUCUUCUUUUAUUUUCAAUACUACGGCCACAAAGACCACAUUUUCAAGUAAUCCGUUAUUUCCAAAUAUUCCCUUCAUUUCAGACUGAAAGUUUAUUACGUUAUGACGGUCACUCGGACAGUUCAGACCCAGACACGUUCCAAAACUUGCGACGCCCUUUUCCACCUCCACCCUCCGAUCAUCACCCACUAUCCCUCACAAACGAAUGAAAACGUUCCUGUAUUUUUCUUAACCAAUUAAAAUUCACCAAAUUUUUCUGCACAUUCCACGUGGACUUUGAACAUCUAACUCGGCAUUUUUCUCCACAACUUCAGAAUCCAAUUUUCCUUGACGUUCUUUCGUAUAUUUUUCGUAUAGUCGAACUGUUACAACGCGUCGUUAUACCCAACUCCCGUAAUUCAAAAUCCUUUCACAGUCCAUUUCAUAAUUUUUAUUUUAAAAAGUGUUAAAUAAUUCUCAUCGAGUGUAAAUAAAGAGUGAAAAUAUAUUGAUAUUUUAAGGUGAA